GAAAUCGGCACUGGAAUUCUUAUUCGUCGGUGGAUUGUUCUAAACUAGUAACUCAUCUGCAGCAACCCAUUACUUGUUUAUGAAGUUAAAUCGUGUUCAACACGGAGCGUGCGGGAACGCAAUAACAGCAAUAAUGCAUUUUCUAAUCGCUGUCAUCUUGUCUUAUUUGUCAAACCUCUCUCACCACAAUUUCCUCUGCCUGCGGUCAGAGGCCCGUAGCCAAGCCAGGGGCGGCAAUGGAGAGCAACAGCAGCACCUGCGCCAUCUGCAAUGGCGACAUGCGCCGUGGCGGCGGUGGCGGCAGCGGCUUCACGGCCGACUGCUCCCACCAGUUCCACUACCGCUGCGUCUCCGGGAGCCUCGCCAGCAGCCGCCAAGCCUGCCCGCUGUGCAGCGCGCGGUGCCGCGACCUGCCGUCCUUCCGCUCCUCCAAGAGCUCCACGCCGUCACAGCCGCCGCUCGCGUCGCGCGCGCCGGCACAACCGUUCUUCCGGCCCAUGGAGCCACGCGUCUUCGACGACGACGACCCGGUGGUCCGGGCGCCUCGGCCUCUCGGCGACCGGCACCAUGGUACCGCGAGUGCGACGUCCAGCGGGUCUUUAGCGGUGGCGCUCAGCACGCACUGCGAGUACUCGUCCCUGGCACGGGACGCGUCACACGAGAACUUCGCCGUGCUCGUGCACGCCAGGGCUCCGGGAACUGGUGGCGCCGCCACCGGCGGGGCGCCGCCGCGCGCGAGGGCGCCGAUCGACCUGGUGACCGUGCUCGACGUGAGCGGCAGCAUGGUAGGGAGCAAGCUGGCGCUGCUGAAGCAGGCCAUGGGUUUCGUCGUCGACAGCCUCGGCCCCGCGGACCGCCUCUGCGUCGUGUCCUUCUCGUCCGGCGCCAGCCGCCUGAUGCGGCUCGCGCGCAUGUCGGAAUCGGACGGCGGGAAGGACCUGGCGAAGCGCGCCGUGCAGUCCCUCGCGGCGGGCGGCGGCACCAACAUCGGGGCCGCCCUUCUCAAGGCCGCCAAGGUGCUGGACGACCGCCUCCGCAGGAACGCCGUCGCGAGCGUGAUACUUCUGUCGGACGGGCAGGACACGUACACCGUGCCCAAGCGCGGCCGUGACGCCAACUACGACGCGCUCGUGCCGCCUUCCUUCAUGUACACCGGCGCCGGCGACCGGUCCGCGCCUGUCCACACGUUUGGGUUCGGCACCGACCACGACGCAGCGGCGAUGCACACCAUCGCCGAGGCCACGGGCGGCACGUUCUCGUUCAUCGAGAACGAGGCGGACAUCCAGGACGCAUUCGCGCAAUGCAUCGGGGGGCUCCUCUCCGUCGCCGUGCAGGAAUUGCGCGUUGACAUCGCGUGCCCGCAAUCGGGGGUGCGCGUCCGGUCGGUCAACUCUGGCCACUACAGGAGCCACAUCAACGUGGACGGCCGCUCCGCCUCCAUCGACGUCGGCGAGCUGUACGCCGACGAGGAGAGGCGCUUCUUGCUGCUCAUGGACGUGCCGAGGGCCCGAUCCACCACGGAUGUCACCCACGUGAUGCAAGUCAGCUGCGCUUACCGAGACAUGAUGACUGGACGGCCAACGAACGUGGACGGCGAGGACGCGGUGGUGCUGAGGCCCUCGCGGGCGUUGAGCCUGGAGCGCUCCGCGGAGGUCGAGCGGGAGCGCGUCCGGUUGGCGGCGACGGACGGCAUCGCUGCGGCUCGUGCGGCGGCAGAGCGGGGCGCUCACGAGGAGGCGGCCGAGAUACUCCAGAGCGGGCAGCGAGCCGUGGCGCGCUCGGCGGCCGCACGAGCGGGGGACUCGAUGUGCGUAGAGUUGUCCCGGGAUCUGCAGGAGAUGAGCGCCCGCGUGGCGGACCGGCGGCGGUACGAGCUGUCCGGGCGUGCGUACAUGCUGGCAGGGCUGAGCUCGCACGCGCAGCAGCGCGCGACGUCGCGGCAGAUGUCUGGCGCCAGCGAGACGACGCGCCGCAGGGCAGAGGCGGCCCUUGGCACGACGGUAAUAUCCACGACGGGCGCCACGGCGUCGUACUCGUACGUGACACCGGCGAUGAUGGACAUGCUGGACCGAUCGCGGAGAUCGCGGGAAAUGACGGCGCUGUCGCAGCAGAGGAGUAAGGAGCGGCGAAGGAGCGCACACUACUGAACCCACUGAGGUAGAGGAUCAGGAUUGACCAGAGAGAUAUGGUUUUCAAGUUUGUAUAAGAGUCGAUUACAACACUGUUGCUUAAACUUGUCGAGAAAAGUCACUUUAGUGCCAGAACUUGCGGUAUACAUUGAACUGGUGCCACAACUUGGCUCGUCGUGCAAAUACAGUGCAAAACUCGUUUGUAUACUCAUGCGGCGCUAAUGAGGCGUGACAGCGUGGCGUGUGGGCCCAUUGUCAGUGCCCGAGCGGUGUAGAAGAGGC